AUGCGUCGCUGCUUACCUACACAAGUGACACAAACCACGACCAAGCUUUUCCAAUCUACAAUGCCAUUUUUAGAAGAAAUCGGAUCAGAUAUCAGUUUAUGCUGGAGAGAAAUAUUGUUACUUUGUUUUAUAAGCAUUGGUCUUUCGGUUUUGCUUCUUCUCAUUUUCCGAUUCUGCGCAUCGAUCAUCAUAUGGACUGUUCUCAUUGUUGUGACAAUCGCUUCCAUAGCAGUGACGAUAUACAUUUGGGUUAUGUGGAACGAGAAGAAAAAGGAUCAUGAGAAUUAUGAAGGACCAAACAAAGAUCUAAAGGCGAAACAAGUUACAUACUGGUUGGUUGCUGCAAUCGUUAUGACAGUUUUUACAGUGAUAUAUUUACUGGUCUUGGUUUUUAUGAGAAACAGAAUAAGAUUGGUGGCUGCUCUGUUUGAAGAAGCGGGAAAAUCCGUCGCGGCGAUGCCUUUGAUUUUGCUGCAACCCGUUCUGACAUUUAUUUCAAUGGCUGCUGUGUGUUGCUUUCUGUUGAUCGGCUUCGUAUGCCUUCAGACUUCUGGAAAACCCCUAGUGAAUUCAGAAGGAAAAGUAUCCUUUCCAAUUGAAACUUUUUUCCAAGUUAUGCGAUGGCUUUCCUUAUUCGGUUUUCUGUGGCUCACUCAAUUUGUUCUUGCAUGUCAAAAUCUAGUUGUGACUGGAGCAGUCGCUGUGUGGUACUUUACAAGAGACAAAAGUAAACUUAGCAGUCCCAUUUGGAACAGUUUCCAGAACUUAGUCUGCUAUCACUUAGGUUCUGCCGCGUUUGGAUCUCUAAUCAUCGCAAUCAUGAAAGCCAUCAGAGCUCUUUUCCGUCUCUUACAAAAAUAUUUGGACAGCCAACACCAGAAAUGCGAUACAUUUUGGAAAAUAUUUCAAUGUUGCUUAGCUUGUUUCGAGAGCUACCUCAAGUUCCUAAGCAAGAAUGCUUACAUAAUGAUAGUUAUUUAUGGGGAAUCCUUUUGUACCAGCGCUAGGCAAGCCUUCAGUAGCUUGACUUCCAAUGUUUUGAGGGUAGCUGCCAUUGAUUGCAUUGGAGAUUUUAUACUGUUUGUAGGAAAAUUGGGUGUAACUGUAUCCAUUGCUUUCAUCGCAUUAGAAAUUUUAAAGAAUAUAGAAGGUCUACAUUACAUCUGGGUUCCAGUAACCAUAUCAUGCAUAUUUGCUUUUCUGUGCUGUCACUGUUUUCUGUCUGUUUACGAAAUGGCAAUCGACACACUCUUGUUGUGCUUUUGCGAAGACUGUCAAAUGAAUGACGGCAUAACUCGUCCGUACUUCAUGAGCAGGAGUUUAAUGGUCUUUGUUGAAAAGAGUCGCAGAAGCUCCAGAGUCAAGCCAGUUCCAAAAAGAAAAGUCGUAGAUUGA